AUGGUAAAACUUCAACUGGCAGUGAUGAUGAUUUCAAUGGUCCUCAGUGAGAGCGUGAACAACAACCUCUACCGAAACCUAUUCAGUAAUUACUUCUUCAACGGAGAAGAUUACAAAACUGAUGAUUACUAUAGUAACUUCGACGAGCAUAAGAGCCCAAUUGAAAAAGGUUUUCGACCGAAUCUCUACAAGGAGUUCAUGCUUGACACUGAUAACUUGACUCAAUAA